AUGAGGGUCAUAAGGGCCUACGAUGGCCGCUCCAUCGUGGUCAAUCAGCCGCUCUCGCAAUUCGCGUCACUCGAUGACCUCCUCGACUGCCUCUCACUUGCCACCGAGAUCCCCUCCGACGCUAUCAUCUGCAUGACUUCGGAUGGCAGCCAGCUCAAACAGGAGCUGCUCGAUCGCAUCAUCCAGCAACUUGCUACUGCGACUUCACCCUCAGCAUCUGCAUCUACAGCUGUCGCCCAACCCCCACCUUCCACCUCAUCUAUGCACCAAGAUGCACACGAGUUUUUCGUCUACAACCGCGAGUUCCUUUACACCGAUCCCACGGAGCUCGCCGCCGAGCUUGCCGAGCAAACCGCUCUCGCGCCAGUGCUCACCAUCCCCGAUGCCGAGCUUUCAUUCCCACCCACGCCCAAGUCGCUCGAAGCGCUCGUGGCAUGGUCAGCCGAAAUGGCCACGCUCGUUGCGACUCACGAGCAUUCCUGCCGUGACCUGCUCGAGCACAUCACACUCAUCUCUCGCAGUCUCCAAGUGGCCUUGGCUAACCUCCGAGAUCAUGCCGACAAUAUCGAAAAGGGAGCCAAGGCACUCAUCGACGAUGUCGCACAGAAGGAGCUCAAGCGGAUGCAGAGCUUGCUGCAGGGCUACGAACGCGAUCUACGCAUUCUUGCCAUGGUGUCCAUCCAUCCCCGCCUCCAGUCCACCAGCGCGCAGAUGGCCAACGCUGCUGCAGCCGCCUCCUCCUCCACCCCGGCCCACAACGGCAACACUAACGGACAGUCUGCCGUGUCCAAGCAAAAACAUCGCACCCUCGGCGACUACAUCAGCAAGUCCAAGAUGAGCGCCGUCGCAGAUGCCUGCAAUCGCGUAUACACUGAGCUCCGCGAACGCAUCGAACGCAUCGAAUCGGAUCUAUCGCUCAUUCGCAACGACACGCUGGGCUUGUCCGAGGAAGUCGAAUCCACAACGCCAGAAGUCGCCGACGAGACAUAUCAGCGCGUCGUCGAAGCUGAAGCUCGCACACGACAGCUUCAUGCAUUCAUCCACUCGACCUGCUCGCCAGACUCGCAAGGCUGGCCCGUGGCCGACAAGAUCGACGCAGAAACCUUUGACGAGAUCGCUCGCAGCGCAAACGAGCUCAUAUUGCUCGACGAAGUGGUGCGCGAGGGCGUCCAACGCUUGACACAGGACCGCAACGAUAUCCUGGAGCGCAGUCUCCAUCUGCUCAUCGACAUCUCGGGCAUCCAGUCCGAAUUCACCGAGACAGGCUCCUUGCUGGCCGCCGUCGAUGCCGAUCUUCAUUCCAAUAAGCUCGAUGGCUUCAAGCACCUCCACCGCCUCAAAAACAUGCUCUGGGCCUAUGGAGCUACGGUGGUCGAGGUGGUGCGGCGCCGCGAAUUCGCCAAACACUUUCUCGGCAAGUCGCAGUCGCUCGCCGAGCUCAUGGCCAAGGUCUCGGCGUCCGAAUGGAAGCGGAGGCAAUUCUACCGCAGCGACGUCUCUUCGCUCUUGCCCUGGGAGGUCAAGGGCAUGGAAGAUAAGCCGCCUAGUCUCGAGAUCACUACACCGCGCGUCAGCAGUGAAGGCAUGGCUGACCUGGGGCUCGCCGACUUGCAAGCGCUCUAUGAGCUGCUGGAUCAGGUCGACCAAAGGCUGCGCGAAGAUUCGGACGGCGUCGAGGGUGCGGACAGCCCAAUUCCGGAAGUCAAAGCCGCACUUCAGGCUCUUGCUGCAGCACUGCAAGAUCUGGACGAUGAGUUCAUCAAUCUUGUCAACGACCAGCUGCUCAACCGCAACGACGACGAAGAAGAGGCCUCUGAUGAGGACGGCGAUGAGAGUGGAUCCGACACCUCGAUCCGAGCCAGAAAGCGCCUGCGUCGUCGUCAGCGCCUCACUGCAUCCCUCGCGGGCGCUAACGAUCAGGAGUUGGCGCAACUUCGUGCCGAGCUCGCUGCGGCCAAGUCUGCCAAGGAAGAAGCAGAGAGGAUGCUCAAGGCGGAUAAUGAGACGCGCAUUGUUGGCCUCAAAGCUGAUAUCGAGACCCUCAAGCGCCAGGUGGAGUCAGGCAAAGCCGACGUGUACAAACUCGAGGCGGAAAAGCGCGAAAAUCGCGGUCUCGUCGAUACAUUAACAGCUGAUCUCGAGCUCGAGAGGGAGCGUCGUCUCAACAUGGUCGAUGAAGUCAAUCAGCUACGCCGAGACCUGGAGCAAAGUCAUCGAACCGAAGCUGAAGCCAAGCAAGAAGCGAUGGAAGAGGCCGAUCGUGUUGCCGAGCUGGAAGCACAAGCUCACGAGCUCCACGUCGAGCUUGAGGAAGCCAAGAGCGCACGCAUAGAUGCCAGCAACCGUAUUGAGGCUCUGCUUAGCGAAGGAUCCAGCGCCGAGGGUGAACUGCGCACUACCCAGGCUCGAAUCGACGAGUUGACCGAGCAGCUGUCCAAUGCACAUGCCGAAGCGGCGAAAGCGCGGGAGGCAGCGGCAGAGGUCGAAGCAGCCAAAGAGCGCCAGAUCCGAUCAUACCGUGCUGAAGCGGAUGGCGACCGUGCCAUCUUGGAAGAAAAGGUGCGAGCGCUCAAAGACGACUUGGAUGCCAAGGAGAAGCUGCUCGAAAAACAGGCUGCCAUCGCAACUUGGGCGGAGGAGAGUCGCAUUCCCGAUCGCGAGGCGAUCGAGCUGCUUCGCGGUCAAUUGAAAGCAGCCGAUGUUGCGCACGAGGAGAUCGUCAAAGAGAUGGAGCAUGCAAAGGAACUCGCCGACGAGGCCGAAUCCGCGCGCAGAGAAGCGGAAGCGAGUCGACAGCAGUUGCUCGAGCGCACCCGUGGCUUGCUGGCUAAAACAAGCCUGCUGCGCAGAACAGUGCGAGCCAUGCCUUCUCACUCCUCGUCUCGUCAGACGUCGUCUUCGGGUCCCGUACAGGCCACCGAUGAGACUAUCGCAGGCACCGCAUCCACGCCUGCGCCAGCGAUUUCGCCGUCAGGCGCAGCUGCUGCUGCACAGCGUGCUAUCGCUGCGUCGACAGGCAGCCUGUCCGUAUCCGAGCUCUCUGAAUCGCAGCGUCAGGCUGCACUGGAUGCCUUUGAUGCCGAAGCCGAGGGCGCCACCUUCGAAACGACACUUGAAGCGCUGCGAGCGUUUGACGUGUCCGAGAUGUACGACGAAGUCAAGGGCAAGCUUGAAUCGCUCAAUAUCGUGGUGCGCAAAUGGAAAAGGGCUUGGAAGUCGGCCAACGACAAGACCAACAAAGCCAACCACGCUGCCAGAGAAAAGAUUGCAUUCAAGAACUUUCAGGUCGGCGACUUGGCGCUCUUCCUGCCGACUCGUAGCUCGAACCUGGCAGUUAAGCCGUGGGCCGCAUUCAACAUCAGCUUUCCACACUUUUUCCUCAACGCCAAAGGCCCUCUGGCAGAACACUUACGGACAAAGGAGUGGAUUGUUGCACGUAUCACGAGCAUCAACAACAAGGUGGUACCUGUCGCUGGCGACCGCCAAACAGGCAAGGACGACGACGAGGACGAGUCGGAUGAGGAUCCCAACCCAUUCAGACUCCCCGAAGGCGUUCGCUUCUUUAUGCUCGAUGUAGAGACGUACGGAGGCCACAGUUCCGCGCCACCUGCUCUGAGGAGCCGCAAAAGCUCGUCGGCUGCGGUCGGCGGAGGAACUGAUGCCAGCAAUGGCCACACUCGAUCUCCGCACAAGAAGGAGGCGCCCAGUUAUCCCAGAAGUCAGAGCGAAAGUGCGGUGACCGUUCUCAAAGGUCUUGUCGACGACAACAAGGCUUCAGCGUCGGAGGAAGCAGCGCCUGUGAUAGCCGAGCCUUCGCAGCUUGAGAGCACGCCGACCAAGGGGAGCAUGGUACCGGAAGGUGUGGAGGAGGACCCGGCCGUUCCGGAUGUGGAUCCUGCCGCCGAGACUAGCGGAUUUUCGCUGCAGUCAGAUAAGCCCGAUUUUGCGGAUCAGUCGACACCUCCCAUGCAAACGCCAGAUACUUCGCCCCGCCUCGGAUCGGCAGCGGUGCUCUCAGCAUCAGUUUCCGCUGACAAAGGCGACAAGAUACAACAGCCAAGUGCGAAUGUAGAUUCGCGCGCUUCUGCGUCAGCAUCGGGUCUGACGCGCGCCUUGCGGAGCGCUUCUCCCGCCUCAUCGUUCCGGACCGAGGGAGCACUCCCCAGCGGUGGAGGUGGUGGUAGCAGCGCAAUUGGACGCUGGAGGGCAAGCUCGUCAGCUUCAGCGAACACUGCACAGUGGCCGUCGCGCAAUAUCACAGGCAUCGCGGAAGAGUCCGGCGCCCGCCUCCGCAAUGGUAACGAUGGAGAUGCUUCGAGCACGACAGGCUCCACGAGUCGUCGAUCCACACUGAUUGAACAUGCCACGAUUGCUCCUGCUUUUGGCCGUACUCCCAAUAAGCGGCGCUUCGAUGCUACAGGGCGAACACAGACUGGCUCGCCCUCCGGUCGCGCGGUCGCUAGGCACCAUGACGGGACCGAAAGUCCCGAGGCUGGAUCUUUCGACGGGCGCGGCAUCACUUCUGCACCUGCAUCACAGAGCCGGUCGGAAGGCAUCACCAUCCGUACAUCACGAGCACUGCAUUCUGAUCUGUCGGACACGGCCGUGUCGAACCCAUUUUCCCAAUCUCCUGGGCCAGCGUCGUUGCCAGCUGAUCGAGAUGGGAUGGGUAAGCUGGGACGGGGACAGGCGCGACGUAAAUCGAGCCUGUACAUUAGCUCCUCUGCGACAGCAACGACCAACGGGGGAGCGGAGAAAGAUGACAGUGAUACGGGUAGAAUGGAAGCGCCCAAGGUGCAACGCUGGCCCAGCGACGCAGUCUCUAGGGCUUCGCAGCGCACGACAUCGUCAGCGUCGGCGGCAUCGGCAAGCAACCAGCCGGGAGGCAUUCGCAUCAAUGGGCGAAGCAUUGUAUUUGACACGAGCGGACAAGCCGGCGCGCAUCGUCGACAGGCUUCGUCUUCGACAUCUGUUGCGACGACGGCUGUGACGGCGGCGCACGCGAUCCCAGGUGCGUUCCCCUCGUCUUUCUCUUCAUCAAGUUCACUCGCUGGCCCAGCUUCGCCUUCAGUGGGUCAAGAUCGUUCUGAUGAGUCAGGCUUCUCGUCGGUGCCGAGACAAACUUGGCGAUCGCCCAGCUUGAGCGGGACGAAUAGCGGUACAGUAGCGUCAUCAAGCCGACCGAAGCUUGCCUCGACGCAGAAGCCGUCGUUCUUGAGCCAGACGUUGGGCCGCUUCACCGGAGCCGCAUCGCAGGCGGUGCAAGCGCCUCCCUUUGCACCCAUUCCGAGCGAGAGUGAGAGAACAACGAUAGGCAAAUCCAGCUCGGGUCGCAGUUCACAACCACGUCCGUCGUUGUUCCAGGCCGUUGCGCCGAUGCACGAGGGAAGCUCCGAAGGGCAAACGCACAGGGGCACACCAGAGUCGACCGUUUCAGGAGUCUCAGGCUUUUCGAAUGUGUCUGGCAACAGCGCAGAGGGGAUGCUCAAGCGGUUGCAUGGACAACAGGGCUCAUCACAGCAACGCGGAUGA